AUGAUGCAGACGCGAGCGAAGAAAGGGACGGCUCGUGUCGACUCGCCCAUUCUCUACACCGCCAGCAUUGCCCCCGGGGCUAAUGUAAACUAUGGCCAAUUGAUUGUGACCAACCUCCACCGUGAGGACAGCUCUGCCAUCGCCAUCAAACAGUUCCUAGGCGUCGAGUUCCGCUCGCCUGCUCCCGUCAAGGACACUGACUUCUGGGGCAGCACGACACCUUGGGUGGAGAUAAAACCUGAGAUCAAGAGCACGCAAAUCAACACGGACGUCUUCAUAAUCACUGUUAAGCUGAACAUCUCAGGCGGCUUCACUUUUACUACCAGCGACACCUUCAACUGGGGCAUCAAUGGUGACCUGACCGGAGAUCCGGACAGUUGGACCUCUUCCUUCGCAUUUGCAGCCGACGCCCUGCCCGACACCACUGGUACCGUCAAUGUCAAUGCCGCUGAGGCUCCGGAUCCUGCCCUGUCAUCGGUUGAGCAAAAGGUUAUAUUUACCCAAGGCCAACUGGUCGAGACCGUAAAGGUGCUUCCAGGCGCGACAGCGGAGGAGAAGAUUCACUACGGCAGUUAUUCCGUCACCGUCUCAGACCUUGCCACCGAGGACGAAACGACUGUGGCGACUGCCUACAUCGAUCCCACCACCGUCACCAUCGCGAUGGGCGAGUCCACAGAGUUGCAGGUCACGUACGGCGAAGUCUCCAAGUACAGCGCUAUCAACGUGAUUGUCGGCGACAUCUUCGAGCUUGCCAAGGAGAAACUACACAUUACAGUCAAAGAAAGCGGCGGCGGCAGCGCACUCGCCGACUUGACCAGCUCAGUCAACACAACGACUCCCUUGCGUCGACUGCCGCCGUCGGGCGAGGCGGUCGUUGAGGUCGACCCCAUCGUACUCAACAAUGUCAAAUAUUCGUUCCCCGCUCAAACGCUCGAGCUGGCGAGCAAACUGUUCCAGGUCACCUUCGACGAAGAGAACGUGACAAGAGAACCGAUAGAUACUACCGGCUUUGUGGAUCUCCCUAUUGACGUAACGACGGACGUAUCGCUUCCAUCAACCAUCUCGGUGCGCCUUGAUUCCCCAAAUGCGAUUUAUACUCAGACGAUCGAGGCCCAGGCCGGCUCAACCGGUUUCGAUGUACCGGUGGCCCCUGGCAAUUACCAAGUCACCGCGCCCAGCUUCUUGCAGGGUGGCUUCGUCUAUUUUGUACACGUGCCGUCUUCGCUCGAAGUUGCUAAGGACGGCAGCACAACCCUCAACUUGACGAUCACCAAGGGCGCCAACAUGCUGGUGUCCGGCUUCCCCGAGUUCCUCAGCUUCGGAGGCUGCAGCGAUCUGACCCCUGGCAACCAAGACGAUUUUGUGGCUGCGAGGGCUUCCUCCAUCUUCAAGUACGCAGGGGUCGACGGUGCCGGUGACCCAGGCACCAACCUCCCCGACGACCAGGCUACCAGGCGGACCAUUGCCCUGGCGCGGCAGAUUGAGGCUGCUCUGGGCGACGGCAACCCCGUGCUGCCCGUCAUGAUUUCCUACACGUGCAAUCUUUCCUUGGGAGACAUCAGGAAGCAACUCGCCAACACUACGGCUCUUGCCAACAGCUUCGGCAACUACAUCCUGUCGUUGACCAUCGCCAAGGACAGCAUAGAUGCGGACCACCCCGUGCCGGCGGGCUACGUCGUGAACCCAGACUUCCUCGGCGCGUGUCAGCAGGAGAAUAUUAGCGGCGACUACGCCAUGCCUGUACGCGAGCCUUUGCAGACAGCCCUCGACUUCCGCAAAAUCUCGGCCGAGAUUCCGGAGGGUAUCACUGAAGACGUCAGCGGCUACGUCCAGGCCGUCAACUGGCUCACCAGAACCGUCGCGCCGGAAGUCACCUUUGGCUGGCAGGUCAACCUCUGGGGCGUCGGCUCCGCCGUCUGGGUGUACGGGUCUGGGGACGAGCCCGCCGCCAACGCCAAGGUGACGGCCGACUACGUCACGUCGCUGGGUGUCUUCGACGGCGACGCAGCGCCCGACUUCCUGGCCGUGGACCGCUACGAGGCCGACGACUUCACUCAACGCGCCUAUGUCAACAGCUAUUGCUACGGACCAAACGAGUGGCCGCGCUUCUUCGACUUCUGCGGUGCCCUCGGCGAGGCCCUCGUCAGGCCCAUUAUGGCGUGGCAGAUACCCGCGAGCCGCACCCCCAGCGUCCAUGACGCUGUCGACGACGACUUCGACCCCCAGAACUGGGGUACGGGCGGCAGCUACCUGUUGGGCGACGCGGCCAUUGGCUCCAACAUCAACAACAUCAACCCCAAGAUCCUCGACUUCGAGUUCCCCGUCCCCUACCCCUUCAUGGGCAAGACGAUAAGAGAUAUCUUCGUCCGCGGCUCGCCAUUCGACUGGACGCCCGCCGCCCUCAACGGCCUCGCAAUCAAGGGCAUCUUCUGCGUCCUCCUCGGCGGCGGCUCCACCACGGGCAUUGUGUCGAGCAUCGGCAACCCGGGCCCGUUUGUGCGCAACAAGCUCCACGCGUACGGAGAGCAACCCAUCCCCCUGAAGUGA